AUGGCCCCGAAAAAACUGCCGAAGCUCCCGGAUGGGAGCCGCUGGGGGCGCCUCGACCUCGACAACUUCGUGGCGCCUGCGGCGGCGCGGGCCAGCACUGUAGAAGGCUCGUCGCCGCUCCGAGCGCGCCUAUCCAGGCAGGCGCCGUCGUCCAUCGCCAGCGGGGCCGAGAAGAGGCCGGCCGAGGCGCCGGCCUCGAGUGCGGGUAAGAGGGCGGCCGCGGCCUCCGCUCUUCGGCGGCCGGCGGCCGCUUCGAGUGCCAGGGAAGCCGCGGAGGCGGCUGUGACAGCGGGCGAGGAGGAAGCUCGAGGGCCGCUGGAAGGUUUGCCGGAAGCUGGCGCUGCUGGGCGCGCCGAAGACGACGCCUCGGCAGACCCCGCGCGUCGCGAGGGCGCCGCUGGCGGCGGCGACCGAGAGGGUCGGGCAUUGAGCGAGGAGCGCGGCAAGGCGUCGUCGGAAGUAGAGGCCGACGCGGCGGCCGCGGACGUGGAGGCGGAGGCUGACGACCUGCGCCAGCUUGCCGAGGAGAGCGGCGGCGACGGCGGCGAGCUCGGAGAGGAGGAGCAGCCGCGCGAGGAAGACCCCGAGGCGAUCGAUGCAGCCGCGGCUGCUAGUGGACAUGCGCUGCGAUUCUUCGGGGAGUGGGUGGACGCCUAUAUGCCCCCCGUCCUCAAAGAGCACGCCGCGUACGUCACGGAAUCGAUGCCCCAGGCGCUCUCGGUGGCGGCGCUUGGCGACGGAAUGCUCGUCGCGGCGCCCGUGCUCACGGAAUUGCAGAGGGUGUUCCAGAAGCACGGUCUCUUGUCGGAGGGUUUUCGCAUCGCUGCCCACUGCCGCACGGACGCGGCUAAGAGCACCGUGGCGAAUCAGCGCGCUGAAGUGUUCGCGAGGUGGUGCGCGCCGUUAGGCGGAUCUGGGCGGAGCGUGGACGACGGAAUCCGGGGCGUCGGCGGCCUCCCCAGAGGUGCUGCUGCGCGCGCCAGGGGGGGCCCAGCCUUGCUCUUGGGGAGCUGUUCGUUCAGGCGCCCGGGGGCCAGCGGCGCCAGCGCGGCCAGCAUUCUCCUGCAGUGUGCGGCGCAGAACAGCGAGCUCGUUCUCGUGGAGAGCACGGACGGGCCGGGGGAGAGCAUCCCGCACGACGAAUUGCAGGAAACCGACGAGUGGCAGUGUCUGACCUUCGUCGUGGACUCGGCGGACUACGGCGCGCCUUUCAGCAAGUGCAGCAGGUGGCGGUUGGCGGCGCGCGGGGGCGCCCUGUUGAACAUGGAGUCGGGGACUGAGUUCUUCCGCGUGUUCGCAGAGAGC